CAGUUCCCGACCUCCGACGAGAAUUCAAGCUGCCACAUUGAAGAGGAACAAAAAGGCGACCUGGCAGCGGUUUCUACACUCCCUCCACUUUCUCCGGGGUAGUCACGGGAUUUCAAUGUUCAGCCUGCUCUUUGGUUUCUGUGUUGACUUCAGCCGCACCUAUAUGGCGUGUGUGAACGGAGAAUUCUGCCAGGCACAGCACCUCACCUCCGUGGAGAAGUGAAUCGGCCGCCCCCCGAGGGACUACGCUGCCCAGAAACCCCCCUGAGUGCCAGCACGCUAGGAACUGCUGACUCUUCCAAAGGCCCCCUGGGAUAUUGCGUAGUCCUUGGCCCGACUGUCCUGCCCUGCCCCAACCAAUACGAAAAACCUUUGCUUUCCACUUUCUCCUUGAACAGCCAAUCACAAACAGCUCUCCUGAAUGGGCCGUCUCGCCAACAUGAACCGCCCCGCUGCAGUCGAGAUUGCCUACGAGUGCAUGAGGUUCCUCAUCACCCACAACCCCACCAAUGCCACGCUUAACAAAUUCACCGAGGAGCUGAAGAAGUUUCACGUGAACACACUGGUGAGAGUUUGUGAUGCCACCUAUGAUAAGGCUCCAGUAGAGAAGGAGGGGAUACAGGUUGUGGACUGGCCCUUCGAUGAUGGUGCCCCUCCUCCCACUCAGAUUGUGGAUGAGUGGCUGAAGCUGCUCAACACCAAGUUUCGAGAGGAACCUGGCUGCUGCAUCGCCGUGCACUGUGUGGCGGGGCUUGGCCGAGCUCCAGUGUUGGUGGCCUUAGCCCUCAUUGAGAGUGGGAUGAAGUACGAGGAUGCUGUGCAGUUCAUAAGGCAGAAGAGACGUGGAGCCUUCAACUCCAAACAGCUUCUUUACCUCGAGAAAUACAGACCCAAAAUGCGUCUGCGGUUCAAGGAUACCAACGGCCACAACUGCUGUGUGCAGUAGGCUGCCUGUCAAUGCAUCUUUCUUAUGCGCAUCUAGUGGGGAAUCUUCCAACAUGGGGAGAUAAAAAAAAAAAAAAAAUGAAGAGAGUGCUAUCAGUAAUUAUUGUGAUGAUUUGUUAAUACUGAGUCAUGGUUAAUUGAUCAGAGAGCAAGCGAGUGAUCGAAUGAAUGAAUCCAGAUCUGGGGAACCACCAGCCGAACCAAUGAAUGGAAUGUGAAAGCACACAGAUAGGCCCGCCUCCCGGUUCCACUGUUCAACCACGGGCCAGAAUUCUUUCAACUUGAGUCCAUCCUGUUUCUUUUUGUUUCAGUUGUAAUCAUGGGAUAACAUUUUCCAUUUUAUGAAUUUUUAUUUUUACACAAACAAUGGUGAUAAGACAAAAUGUUAAAUGAUAUUCUGAUUUUUAUUUCUACUAAUUAUUGAUAUUAUGAUUAGGCCAGAAUAAUGUACCUUUUUAAAAACAUUUUUAAACUUUGAACACAUAUGGCGACUGUCCAGUUUUUUUUUAUUUUAUUUUAUUUUUUUGUGCACAAAAACUCAAAGUUCACCUGAAAAUGCAGUACUGUUUUCCUUCUACCCUUCACUUGUUUAAAGUCACUCUCAAUUUAGGGGUUCACAGAGUUUGAAUAUGUCUGCAAUAUUUAUUCACAAGAUAUGAUAUGUGUGGCAGUUUUGAGUUUGGCAGGGGCAAGGACACUUUGUUAUCCAAUAUAUUUUUUUUGUUAUCCUCAAGAGCCAUGUCUUUUUUGUUUUUUAAUUUUUGUUGGAGUGCAAUAAUCAGUCCACCUCAGAUAAACCCACCAAACCCUGCUGAGCAUACCACACACACACACACACACACACGCACAUAUACACUUCAAACACUCAUCAGGCAGUUAAACAGGAAAAUACUUAACAACUCCUACAACAGGUACUUCUCCUGCUUUCAUUCAUGAAAUGGGCUACAAUAGGACUUCCCUAAAUAUGCAUAUUUAAACUCAUCUACAGAGCCUAAGAUCUAAUCUGAAAGACAACGUGGAGAAGAAUGAUAAUGGUCAGUUUUUUAUCAUUGUACCCAUUUUGAAAACAUCCCCAAUUCGUAUUGGUUCUUUAAAGAUAAAUAAAUUGAAAUAAAAAGCA